AUGUCUGAUCGUAAUCGCCCCCGCAAAAAUCGUUUGAAAGGAAAGGCCAAGAAACUGCCUGAUCGCCUCAUGGACGCGAAUCACCCCCAUGAUGAACGCCCUGGCGGUUUGAAAUUGGAGUUCAUUACGCCCAUGCCCGCGCCCGCAGAUGGCAUCCUGCCAACGAGAUCUAGCUUGACGUCUACAAGGGCGCCUGAAGUUACGGGAGAGGGUACCUCGCUGAAUGUAAUGCAGGGCACGCACAACUUUGUUAUAAGGGAUUCCAAUUUCUAUGAUGCUCAAAAGAUUGAGGUUCAUGAACAUCGGUGUCAAGAUUCCAUCGAAAAACUCAAUCACGAAAUGACAUCAUAUAAAACUCGACAGUCGUCUUACGGCGACCCCACCGGCUGCAUGCAAGGAACCCGCGUAAAGGUCCUCGAACAAUUGGACACUUGGGCCUCGGACGCCAAUAGCAGCAGGGUGUAUUGGAUGGUAGGUAUGGCGGGAAUCGGAAAAUCGACCAUCGCGCACAUGUUCUGUGAGCAUCUCGAGGCGAAAAACAUUCUUGGCGGCAGUUUCUUUGCUUCUCGAGCAUCGGAGAAAACUAGGAACGCACGCCUUAUUAUUCCUGUUAUUGCACAUUCGCUGGCUAGAGCUUCACCUGCUAUCAAAGUUGAGGUUGUCAAGGCCAUUGAGGACGACCCUACUCUGGCGGAACCAACCUAUUCUAACAUGAAGGAGCAGUUCAAGCAGCUGGUUUAUAAUCCUGUUCGAACGACCAUCGGCCCGGUCGUGGUGGAUAAAGUUGUCGUUAUUGAUGCCGCUGAUGAAUGUGCCAACCUUGAAGUUGUCGCGCUGUUCAUUAAACUUGUUCUUGAAUGGGCGUCAAAAAUUCCGCUCAAGAUAUUCCUAGCCAGCCGAGUUGAGAAUCGGAUUCGCACUGCCUUCAGGUCUACUAGUGAUAGCAUUCGAGGGUACUUCUAUCUCCAUGACAUUGAGAAGGAUGUAGUCCAGAACGAUAUCCGGAUAUAUCUCAGGACAUCAUUAGCCGGCAUCAAGAAUGAUGAACUGUCCAGUCUUGUCACAAGUUCCGGCAGGCUCUUCAUUUACGCAGCCACUGCCAUUCAUUAUAUCACCAACGGCGGUGGGGACUAUAAGCGCCGUCUUUCCGCAAUGCUGAGCCAUGGCCAGAAAUCCAUCAACAAGUUUGAAACUGAGAUCGAUUCUCUCUAUGUUCAUGUAUUGGAAAAGGUCUGUGAAGACAAGGAGCUGGAUGAAGUUGAAGAUAUGAGAAAUGUCUUGUCCAUCACCAUAUUCCUUCAAAAUCCAUUGUUGAUGGAAGCCAUCACAUCUCUAUCACCGGAAAGUGACGUGCAGUUGUACUUGUCAUGGCUCACCUCUGUUAUUCACAUUCCUGACCAACCUGGGGCUGUGGUCGCUCCAUUCCAUGCCUCAUUUCCUGACUUCAUUACCAAUCCAGUCCGGUGUUCUCCUGAGCGUUGCCCAUCAUUCCCUUCGCUGGUUGCUUCUGAGGGUCAUACACUGAUUGCUCUUAAAUGUUUAAUGCUGAUGAACAACUCACUGAAGUACAACAUAUGUGAAGUCCCCAAACAAUUGACAUUGUCGCGCAGAGACAGGGCCAACUCUCCAGAGAGCAUUGGCAAAAUUUCUGAAGUGCUCAAAUACUCAUGCACCUAUUGGGCUGCUCAUUUAGCAGAGGUCAAGAAAUUUGACCCUAUACUUGUUGACGCUCUUCGCAUUUUUCUGCACAAGCAUCUUUUGCACUGGAUAGAGUGUCUCAGCAUACUGGGUGAGCUGCAAACAGGACUGAAAUCCCUGGGUGGUGUAAUCACUGUUUUAUUGGCCUUCAAAUUCCAUGACUUUCAGUUACUUGUUUAUGAUGCCCCCUGGUGUUUACAAAUGAACUUUGAAGCUGUCCAGAAACAUUGCAUGGAGAUCUAUGAGUCUGCACUUAUUUGGAUUCCACAGAAUUCAUCGAUACGCAAGACCUACACUGCCAAUGUCAGCAGAGUUCCAAAAGUGACUCUUGGAUUAUCAGACUUGUGGGACCCUGCAGAGCUGAUUAUGCAAAAUGGGUCAUGGGUACUAUCUGUCAGAUUCUCACAAGAUGGCAGCCGAGUUGUCUCUGGAUUGUAUGACGACACUGUCCGAAUUUGGAAUGUGAUGACAGGUGAGGUGGAGGCUGAGCUGAAGGGCCACACAGAUUGGGUGAACUCUGUCGCAUUCUCACAGGAUGGCAGCCGAGUUGUCUCUGGAUCAGAUGACAAAAUGGUCCGAAUUUGGAAUGUGAUGACAGGUGAGGUGGAGGCUGAGCUGAAGGGCCACACAGAUUGGGUGAACUCUGUCACAUUCUCACAGGAUGGCAGCCGAGUUGUCUCUGGAUCAGAUGACAAAAUGGUCCGAAUUUGGAAUGUGAUGACAGGUGAGGUGGAGGCUGAGCUGAAGGGCCACACAGAUUGCGUGAACUCUGUCACAUUCUCACAGGAUGGCAGCCGAGUUGUCUCUGGAUCAAAAGACAAAAUGGUCCGAAUUUGGAAUGUGAUGACAGGUGAGGUGGAGGCUGAGCUGAAGGGCCACACAGGUGGGGUGAAGUCUGUCGCAUUCUCGCAGGAUGGCAGCCGAGUUGUCUCUGGAUCAGAAGACAAAACAGUCCGAAUUUGGAAUGUAACCACAGGCGAGGUGGAGGCUGAGCUGAAGGGCCACACAUAUUCAGUGAAUUCUGUUGCAUUCUCGCAGGAUGGCAGCUGA